UCUGUUCAGCCUAACUAGACACCGGCUGCCUAGCAACGCAGUGUCAACCUCCUUACCCCAAACACACAGCCUCCUCUGGUUAGCUGUCAUGCUCACUUUUAAGCUUUGACUUGUCCUCUAGUUUGGAAUAAAAGGUGACAGGAUGGGAAAGAAAGGGAAGAAGGAAAGUGACAGCCCACGCAAAGAGACGUUUGAACCUGUGCUUGUUGAGGGAAAGACCCCAGAAACAAUAGUGCUGCUGCUGAGCUCCACAGAGGAGGACAUCCUCAUCAAAGCCUGUGAAGCCAUCCACACUUUUGCAGAUAAAGGAGAUGAGAACAAGGUCUCUCUGCUGGGACUCGGGGCAUUGGAGCCUCUGUGCCAGCUCAUCACUCACAACAACAAGCUAGUCAGAUGCAACGCCUUCAUGGCUUUGGGCGUUAUGGCCAUUCACAGUGAUGUGAAGAAUGCUCUGAAAAAAAUGGAUGCCAUUCCUUCAAUCAUUGACAAUCUGUCACUUGAAGAAAAUAUAGUUGUCCACGAGUUUGCAACACUGUGCCUGGCUGCUCUGUCUGUGGACUUUGUCUGUAAGGUUCAAAUCUCUGACCACAAGGGCCUGCCACCUUUGAUCCAGCUCCUGUCCAGCCCAGAUCCUGAUGUCAAGAAGAACUCUCUAGAGAUCAUUUUCAACCUGGUUCAGGACUACCAGAGUUGCGUGGCAGUACAUGAGCUGGGCGGGAUCCCUCCACUCCUGGAGCUGUUGAAGUCAGACUUCCCUGUCAUUCAGCAUCUGGUUUUAAGGAUUCUGCAAAAUGUCACAAUCAAUGAAGAUUCACGCAGCACCUUCAGGGAAGAGCAAGGAUUUGAGAAGCUGAUGGACAUCCUCAGUAACAUGGAAUUCAGUGACCUACAUGCUGAGGCCCUACAGGUAGCUGCUAACUGUGUGAGUGACAGUGAGAGUUUACAUCUGAUCCAAGAGGGUGGAGGACUGAGGAGGCUGAUGGAGUUUGUUGUCACCCCAAACACGCCUGAAAUCCAGUCCAGUGCUGUAAAAUGCAUCUCCAGGGUUGCUCAGAGCUCUGAGAAUCGCAAACUGCUCCAUGAGCAGAACAUGGAGAAAGUUCUGGUGGAGCUUCUGUCUGUGCCGGAUGUCAGCGUGCAGACAUCUACAUGCCAAGCUGUGUCUGCCAUGAGCGUCCAUCCUCCUAGCAAAGACAGCUUCAGAGACAUGGGUGUUAUCCCUGCAGUUGUUCAGCUGCUGAAUGAUGAGAGUUUGAUUCUAAGAGAGGCAGCUACACAAGCCCUCUCUGUCCUGACAGAUAGCAACAAGCUUAAUGCACAUGCUGUGUACGAGGCAGGAGGCCAUGAGCUCCUUGUCCAGCAGCUCUGUGGAAGCUGUCCGAGGACUGUGGCCAAUUCUGCGGCCUCACUUGGCAACAUGGCAGAACAGGAGGUCAUCCGCUGCAGCAUCUUGUCACAUGACGCCGUACAGGCUCUGGUGGAGUCAUUGAAGUCCACAAAUACACAGGUCCUGGUUAGCACCACACAUUGCUUAGCAGAGCUUACCUGUGACACAGAAGCUAGAGUUCAGCUACAAACAGCUGGAGGUCUUCAACCACUGGUCAAUCUGCUGCACUCCCAUCACAAGGAUGUGUUGCACAAUGCAUGCAUGGUCAUCAAUGUCUGUGCCGGUGAUCGGGCCACAUCUGUGGAGAUGUGCAAAUUUGGAGCUCUGGAGAUGCUUCAGGAGAUCAACCAAUCAGUGCAUCUAAGGAGCAGCUACAGCGAGUUGACCAUGAUCAGCCUUCUUGACUCCAACCUGUCUGUUAAGUACAGCCUGACAGGGUUUUUGACAUCCACUGACAAUAUUAGUGAUGGCUUCUAUGACGCUGGGAAGGGGUGUGCAGGUCAGAGGAUUCUGACUUUAGAGGAGCUGUCCAAGCAGCCUGUAAACCAGCAUCGCCCAGUUAUUGUUAUCAACACAGCAACAACAGCAGAGAAGAAAACAGAGGAUGACAGACAGAAAGAAGACACCCAGCCUGAGCCUCCAACAGAGGAACCACAGAAGAUGAUGGAUGAUGUUUCAUUACAGCUCCUGGCUAAAAAGGCCAAAGAAUCCAUCCUACCACUGAGCGAUGAACGGGAGCAGUUUGCUGCCUUGGCCAGGUUGGUCAGUUCAGCCAUGGGGGGAGAAGUGGAGAUGGAGAAGUUGGAUGAAUUCCCAUGGGUGCUGCACAUCAGCAAGCUCAAGCUUAAGCUCCAGUCUAAUGUUGUUCCCCUUGGUUUUAUCAGAAGGGGAAUCUACUGCCAUAGGGCCCUCCUCUUUAAGUGUCUGGCGGAUUGCAUUGGGCUGAGCUGCACGCUUGUCCGGGGCGAGUACAACCGGGCUUGGAACGAGGUCCUCCUCUUUGAUGGGAAUCCAUGCAGGAACGGGCGCUCGUCACAGCCAAGCCGCUACAUAGUAGACCUCAUGCACCAGCCUGGGGGCCUGCUGAAGGCCAACGGCCCUACUGCUGAGCAAUACCAGACUAUAUAGACCACAACUGUAUGAUCAGGCAUUUUAAUGAACUGCUUCAUAGAUCAUG